GAGGCCGAGCGGAGCGGACGGAGUAGAGCGGACUUGACUGCCUGAGUGAGGGAGCGCCGCGGCGGCCUGAGUGAGGGAGCGCCCGACCCGACCCCGCCAUGGAGGCCGGCGCCACGCUGCUGACCUGGCUGCUCUGCGCCACGCUGCUCAGGUGGAGCGGGGCAACGCUGGAGGAGGCGGCCGUGGCAGAUCUGUGCAGGAUCGACGAAGCCUCGUGCCACAUUGAGGAUGAGGUUCUCCGCUUCGAGGCCAUCAUGAGCAUUCACAAGCAGAUGGACGAUGACGCCAAUGGCAACGUGGAUGUGGAGGAGAGCGACGAGUUUUUGCGUGAAGACCUGAACUACCAAGAUGCGGCGGCCAAACACAGCACCUUCCAUGGGGGCGACAAGCUGAUCAGUGUGGAGGACCUGUGGAAAUCAUGGAAGAGUUCUGAAGUGUUCAACUGGACGGGAGAGGAGGUGAUUGAGUGGCUCAUCAACUACGUGGAGUUGCCGCAGUACGAGGAACACUUCAGAAAACUCAACAUCAAUGGACACGACAUGCCAAGGUUGGCCGUGAAUAAUCUGACCCUGGCCUGCUCUCUGCUGAAGGUCAACGACCGCAGUCACCGCCAGAAGCUGCAGCUCAAAGCUCUCGACACCGUGCUCUUCGGGCCACCCCUGUUGACCCGCCACAACCACCUGAAGGACUUCAUGCUGGUGGUGUCCAUUGUGAUUGGUGUGGGUGGCUGCUGGUUUGCCUACAUCCAGAACCGCUACUCCAAGGAGCACAUGAAGCGGAUGAUGAAGGACCUGGAGGGGCUGCAGAAGGCUGAGCAGAGCCUGCACGACCUGCAGGAGAGGCUGCUGAAGGCACAGGAGGAGCACCGCUCGGUGGAGGUGGAGAAGGUGAACCUGGAGCAGAAGCUGCGGGACGAGAUCAAUGCGGCCAAGCAGGAGGCCCAGCGGCUGCGGGAGCUCCGCGAGGGGACCGUCAACCAGCUGAGCCGACAGAAAUACGCCGAGGAGGAGUUGGAACAGGUGGGAGUUGUCCGCAUGGCGCUGAAGAAGGCGGAGAAGGAGCUGGAGUCACGGGGCAGCUGGUCGCCGCCCGACAGCCUGCAGAAGUGGCUGCAGCUCACACACGAGGUGGAAGUCCAGUACUACAACAUCAAGAAGCAGAGUGCCGAGCGGCAGCUCUAUAUUGCCAAGGAAGGGGCAGAGAAGAUCAAGAAAAAGAGGAACACCUUGUUUGGGACAUUCCACGUAGCGCACAGCUCCUCACUGGACGACGUCGAUCACAAAAUCCUCGCCGCAAAACAGUCGCUGAGUGAGGUGACAGCGGCCCUGCGGGAACGGCUCCACCGCUGGCAGCAAGUGGAGAUGCUGUGUAAGUUCCAGAUCGUGAACAACCCCGGGAUCAGUGCGCUCCACGCCGUGCUGAACAUGGAUCCAAGCUGGCUUGGACAAUCCCGAUCCACGCCGACACACUUCAUCCUCACCGAUGACCUGGAUGAUAUGGAGGAGGAACUGGUGACUCCCGUCACCCUCCAAUAUAUGGCAUGGUUAAUGGAUCACAGAGUUACUGACCGCUCCCGGACACCCAUAGACAGUCUGUCGACAUGGAGCUCCACGGCCUCUCUCAGUGCUCACCCAUCGGUUCGCCAGCGCCAGGUGGAGGGCCAGCACACGGCACCAUCACAGAGGGAACUAAACCACUCGGACCAGGAGUCGUGCAGUGAGCCGCCUCGCCCGCCUGCCUCCUCCCCCCACGCCCACAGCUCCGGCCCCCGCUCGCUGCCCUCCAGACCCUGCUCCCUGCUGAAACUGACCGAGGAGCUGACCCCCACCCACAGCACGGCCUCGGACUCUAACACGCCCACCCCCAACGGCAGCAGCCAGGCGGGCGACUCUCUGGGCAGCAUGUACUCGGAGAGCGUGGCCGACACUCCCCCCGCCGCCAGGAAGCCCCCCUCCGCCCGCGGCCUGGAGAAGUCGGCCAGCCUGAGCGAGAUCCACCGCGGCAACGAGGGGUCGGCCAUCAGCCCGUCCGAAUCGUCCCGCUCCCUCAGCCCCACCUCCACCGAGCCCGAAGCUGCCGCCGCCUCCGCCGCCGGCACCGGCCAACCGCAGCCCCGCGACGGCGGCUCCAAGACCACCAAGAUCCCGCAGCUGGCCACCAAAAAAUCCCCCAUGGAAGAUGACAGCACCUCGACCGGCGAGGACACAGAGCCCAACCCCAGCAAGAAAAAACCUGGCUUCAAACUCUUCAAGAAGAAGGUGAAGUAGUCGUCUAGACUACAGUGGUCUAGAGACACACCAGAACUGUCGCAGUGAGUGAGUGAGUGAGAGUGAGGGGGCAGACUCUCUCACACACACCUUCACUCAAGUCCGCAGGCUUUGUCCCCAGGGAGUGGAUUUUAUUUAAUCUUAUUUAUUUUACAGACUGGUGUUUCCUGUUUGGUGACGGAGCAGCUAGAGGCGGCCGUUCCCGCGCCUCCCCCCCCCC